UUAGAUAAAAAAAUUCCUCUUUUUAAUACAUUAAAAUGUAUUAAUAUCAUAUUAUAUCAUAUCAUUGUAAAUGAUUGAUUUCGCAUGUAAUCGUUGAAAUUAAUUUUGUUUUAUAAUUAAUUUGAUAUUUCGAGAUUUUUGUGUGUAUAUUGAUAAAGAGUUCUUCGAGAGCUCCAUGUUUUAGCGCACAGAUGUGUCUCUCUACGAGAGAUGCGUUGCUCUUACCAUCUCUUAUUCCAAGGUUAUGCAAAUUUUUUCGUAAUGUGUCGGACAUUACAAUCGCGGAUAUUGGAAUGUAGCCGAACGAGGAAGUUUCAAUCACUUUUUUCAAGUGGUUCGAAAACGCGUGAUAUUGUGAAAGUGAAAGUUUGUCACGCGAGCUUUCGACUGGACAUGAAGGACAGAGGGAUUAACCUAGAAUAUAAAAAAAAUACGAAUAUCUAAUCAUAUAUAAAAUGUAAAUAAGAUACAGAUGUUUCAUAUUGAUAGGAUAUCACAACUUAUAAUUUACAAUGAUUCCUAUCACAUCGCACGUAUAUUCUGGAGUUUAUACUAUUUUAUUUUGCCCUUCGCUUGAUUGGAUUUGAAUAGUGUUUGAUAAUUGUCGGUAUAUUAAAAUUAUUGAAAACGUAAUUUGAAAGAUUUCAAAAUUAUUUUGUAAAUGAAUAUUAUGUAAGUGCUUGUAAAUUAUAUUUUUACUCAUUAUACACAGAGCUACAUUUAAUCUUUACGAUACACCAUGUUCCGUCCACUAUUAUCUCAGAAUUUCACAUCACUAUCUAGAAGAAUAUCGUUUAGAAAUGAAUAUAGGCAAAUCCAUCAUACUUGCAAAAUCUUGGUGGUUGGAGGUGGUACUGCCGGCUGCUCAAUGGCUGCAAAGCUAUCAAGAAAAAUUGAUGGACCAAGCCAAGUUAUUGUGCUGGAACCCAAUGAUGUUCAUUACUAUCAACCCUUGUUUACUUUAGUCGGUGGUGGCAUUAGUUCUUUUAAGUCAUCAAGGAGGUAUAUGAAAAAUGUUCUGCCAAAGAAAGCAAAAUGGCUAAAAGCUUCUGUUGUCGAAUUUCAACCAGACGUCAAUAAAGUAUUGACACAUCACGGAGAUACAAUACAAUAUGACAUUAUGAUUGUUGCAUUAGGCUUGCAAUUAUAUUGGGAUAAAAUUCCAGGUUUAACGGAGAGCUUAUAUGAUCCCAAUGCACAAGUUGGCUCUAUUUAUGGGCCUGAUACUGUAUCCCAAGUUUUUGGGAAAAUUAAAAAGAUUGAAUCAGGAACUGCAAUAUUUACGUUUCCAAAUACACCGGUCAAAUGCCCUGGUGCUCCACAAAAAAUCGCUUACAUUGCCGAGGACUAUUUUCGCAAGCACAACUUGCGUAACAAUAUUGACGUUGUGUAUAAUACGGCAUUGCCGGUUAUAUUCGGAGUAAAAAAAUAUGCCGAUUCCCUCUGGAAUGUUUGUAAGGAGAGAGACAUUAGUAUUAAUCUUCAAACAAAUCUGGUGAAGAUAGACUCAAACAAAAAACAAGCCACAUUUGAGAAACUAAACUCACCAGGAGAAAUAUCAGUGCAAGAUUACUCUUUUCUCCAUGUAACGCCUCCAAUGGGACCUCCUGCAGUUUUGAAGGAACAUCCGAUAUUGACUAAUGAAGCUGGAUUUCUUUGUGUUGAUCCGAAAACACUCCGACACACAAGAUACCCAAAUAUAUUUGGUAUAGGUGAUUGUACAAACACUCCGAAUUCUAAGACAAUGGCUGCAAUAGCUGCACAAGGAAAGGUGUUAUAUCAGAAUAUCAUGGAUGAUUUAGCUGGUAAACCAAUGACGAUGGUUUACGAUGGUUAUGCAUCAUGUCCCUUGGUUACUGGUUACGGCAAAUGCAUUCUGGCAGAGUUUGACUAUAAUUUGCAACCUAUGGAGACUUUUCCAGUGAAUCAAGGCAAAGAAUUCUAUUUUAUGUUUUGGUUGAAGAAAUAUAUCUUCCCUUUUAUAUACUGGCACUUGAUGUUGAGGGGUUAUUGGAACGGACCAGAAUUCUUCCGCAAGUUUACAAAGCUCUUAAAAAGAGAUUAGUGCUCAAAGUAAUAAGAAAUUCAAGAAAGAUAAGCCCAGUGCUUUUUUCUACAAUAGAAUAAAAUAGUAUAGCUUUAUGAUUUUAACAUUUUUUGUCAUAUGUAUAUAUGUAGGUAAUUCCCUUUUUAUUUAUUUCUCGUAUAAAAUUCCACAUAUGUAAUGAAAUUUAACAAUGUAUAUAGAAAAUUUAUUAUUUCGAAGGA